CCGCACUUCGCACUUCACAACGCACUUCACAGCAACAUCAAGGCAAUGAGUAUACUACUCGCUAGUCUGCUAGCUGAAUGUUUUGUCCUAAUCGAAUAGACUGAAUUGGGUUUUGCUCGCACAUGUCCGAGAAACUCUGCCAAAGCAGCCCCUUCAUUAGACUUCUAGAACGAAAUGACGGAUCCACGACGAUCCCCUAUCCCCCAUGCUACCCAAGAGACACCAUCCCUGUUCGCGUUCGAUUUGGGAUGAACACGCAGGGGUCUGCAGCACGAUGAUGCCAGUAAUAAGCUUCGGGAGCUACUAUUGUUGUUCUGUGCCCAGCUAGGCCCGCACUUUGCUAUACGAAUAUGUCUCGGGGUAUACGUUUGGGAUAUAAGAGUUUCCCAUCCCAUUGUCGACACGAAAAUGUUCUAGUCUGGCACUUCAAGGACUGAGCAAGUAACGGAUUCGUCAGACUCGACAAACAUGACUAUGACAAAGACGCUACUCUGUGCCGUGGGCCUCGCUGCCAACCUUGCCAGCGUUGCCGCCGCAGAUCUCGACAACUUCAUUUCCAGUCAAAGAACCAUCGCGCUUAAUGGCGUCCUGAGCAACAUUGGACCUGAUGGUGCUUCGGUUGCAGGCGCCAGUGCCGGCAUCGUCGUCGCCAGCCCGUCCAAAGCCGAACCGGACUACUUUUUCACGUGGACUCGUGAUGCCGCCCUGACCAUGAAGAUGAUUGUCGACGAGUUCAUCCUCGGACACGACGAGCUCCAGGUCCACAUCGAGGACUACUACAGGUCCCAGGCCGUUCUGCAGACAGUCGGCAACCCCUCCGGAUCGUUCCUCCCGUCCGGCCGCGGCCUCGGCGAGGCAAAGUACCUGGUCGACGGCUCGCGCUUCAACGGCGAAUGGGGUCGCCCACAAAGAGACGGCCCGGCGUUGAGAGCCAUCACGCUCAUCACGUACUCCCGCUGGCUCGUCGACAACGGACAACAGGCCAAAGCCAAGGAUAUCGUCUGGCCCAUCAUCUCGAAUGAUCUAUCCUACACCGGCCAGUACUGGAACUCAACCGGCUUCGACCUGUGGGAGGAGGUCAGCGGCUCCAGCUUCUUCACCACCCAGAACCAGUACCGCGCCCUUGUCGAAGGCGCCGCCCUGGCCGAGACCCUAGGCGCGACCUGUACGGGAUGUGAGCUGGCCCCGGACGUCCUGUGCUUUCUCCAGACGUACUGGGACGCUGCGGACGGGUACUACGUCGCCAAUGUCAACACGCAGACGCAGCGCUCCGGCAAGGACGCCAACGUCAUGCUCGGCUCGAUUGCCGUCUUUGACGUGGCCGCGAGCUGCGAGGACCCGUCCAUUCAGCCGUGCCACAGCAAGGCCCUGAGCAACUUUAAGGUCUGGGUCGAUUCCUUCCGCAAUGGCACUCUUUACCCCGUCAACGAGGGGAUCGCGGAGGGCACGGGUGUUGCUCUCGGUCGGUAUAUUGAGGACACUUACUAUAACGGCAAUCCUUGGUACCUCAUCACCCUCGGUGCCGCCGAGUUCCUCUACGACGCAGUAGCGCAAUGGAACGCCCACGGCCAGAUCAAGGUCGACGCGACCUCCCUCCCCUUCUUCAAGGAACUCUACCCGACCGCCAAGGAGUCGACCUACCAAAAGAACAGCAACUCCACCAUGGACUACGCCGGCAUCAUCAAGGCCGUCAACGCCUACGCCGACUCCUUUGUCGAGGUCGCGCAAAAGUACACCCCCGCCGACGGCGCCCUCGCCGAGCAAUUCAACAAGACCACCGGCGUCCCGACCUCGGCCCGCGACCUCACCUGGUCCUACGCCGCCUUCAUCACCAUGGCCGAGCGCCGCGCCGGCCAGUACCCGCCCAGCUGGGUGCCCGCCGCCGCUUCGUCCGAGAUCCCAUCCACCUGCGCCGCCUCGACCACGACCGGCGUCUACGUCCCCGCCAUCGCCGCGGGCGCGCCCAACGUGACGGGCUCCUGCACCGUGCCCGUCACAUUCCUCGUCAACGCGACGACGUACUACGGCGAAGGUGUCUCUCUCCUCGGCAACAUUGCCGAGCUCGGCGCGUGGAACGUCGACAACGGACAGCCCAUGUCGGCGUCCGGGUAUACCGCCGAGCGCCCGCUCUGGAGCGUCGACGUCGAGCUUCCUGCAGGGUCCAACGUCAGCUACGUCUACGUGCGGCGCCAGAGCUGCGGCUUCCUCUAUGAGGAGAGGAACCGCACGCUCACGGUGCCGACGUGCAACUCUACGCAAAAGGUGGUCGCGGACGAUGUGUGGGUUGGGAAGACGAAUGGCUGCUAAAGAAUA